AUGCUCUACUGCUGGGGGGAAGGCGCCUGCGGGCAGCUGGGCUUGGGCGAAGAGGGCGAGGAGCAGCCGGUGCGUUUCCGUGCGGGGCCCGAAGCGCUGCAUAGGCGCGGGGUGGCGCUGGUGGCCUGCGGGGAGUUCCACACUCUGCUGCUUCACCCCGACGGCGGCGUCUCUUCUUGCGGGGGCAACGCCCGGGACCAGUUGGGCAGGAGGCUCCCCGCAGGGCGGCUCCGCAGCUCCGUGCCAGAACAAAUCCAAGCACUAGAAGCACAGACGAUUGUCCACGUCAGCUGUGGGAAAGAACACUCCCUGGCCAUUUGCAGCAAUGGGAGGGUUUUCUCUUGGGGAGCCGGCACCUCUGGACAGUUGGGCACUGGAGAACUUAAAGACCGCUUAAUCCCCAAGAAAAUAGAUGGCUUAUCUACAUGCAAAGUCAUACAAGUGACCUGUGGACACUAUCACUCAAUAGCUCUGACCAAAGAUGGCAGAGUCUUCUCUUGGGGGCAGAAUGUCUAUGGCCAGUUGGGGAUCGGUAAAGAAGACUCUUCCCAUGGUCAACCACAGCAUGUUUCUGCUCUCAACGGCAUCCCAUUGGCCCAGGUGGCUGCAGGCGGGGCACAUAGUUUUGCCCUCUCCCUUUCAGGAAUUGCAUAUGGAUGGGGAAGAAACAACAUGCAUCAGCUGGGACUAAGUCAGAGUGAUCCCAAAGAACAGGUCUUCAAACCACACUCCGUGGCUGCUCUGAGGAGCCUCCAUGUGAUCUACAUUAGCUGUGGGGCUGAGCACACAGCUGUCCUCACCCAGGAUGGCAGCGUUUUCACAUUUGGAGAUGACUCUGCUGGGCAGUUGGGGCAAAGCUCCUCUCCCCAGAAAACUGGCCCACAAAGAGUGGACGGGAUUGGCGGUCUGGUUUCUCUUCUGGCAUGUGGAAGCUAUCAUACUCUUGCUUAUGUUGCUACUUCUGGUGAGCUGAUAUCUUUUGGACGUGGAUGCAGUGAACGUGGAAGUGCUUCUUGCAAACAGGAAGAGAUGCAGAACUUUAACAUUAGUGCACUUAUUUCUGCUAAUGAAUUGUUGGACAUCCCAGUGAAACAGAUUUUUGCAGGAACAUAUGUAAACUUUGCCAGCACGGUUCAACCUCAGGCACCUAUAUAUACAAACGGAGCCUUCUGUGUAGAAACCUUGUCAAAGAUCAGCCAGAUGGACAGAGCAUUGAUUGACAAGUGGCUGUCAGCGACUGCAAAAAGUGAAACACGCCAGAAGGCGAAAAGAGAAAUAGAAGAGAUAUUUUCUUCACCUGCUUGUUUAACUGCAAGUUUCUUAAAACCUAGGUCUGCCCUGGAAAAUGGCUGCUGUAUAACAGUUGAUCUACAAAAAGCAAGAGAUGUAUUCUGUGAGCUUAGCAAAAGAGACUGGAUUGCUGGCAGGGUCUCGUUCUCUCUGCUGAACCAUCUGAUCCCCUCCCUCCCGUUGACUUCUCCUCACCAGGAGGCCCUUCCCUGCUUCCUUCUGCUGCCUGAGUGCUCUAGCGCUCUGGAAGCACAGAACCUGCAAUCCUUGGCUCUGCCCUUUGCAAAAGCCAUCAGUGGCAUGAGCAAGCGCUCUUCAGACCUUCUGGAAAAAUAUUGGCUAUCUUUGCCCGUGCCUUUUUUUGACAGAAUUGUUCAGAUGUUUAAGAAGGCUGUGGUGUCACAGCUCCCUUAUUACUAUGUUCCUGGCCAUUGCCAAGAAGUAAUUCCAGUCUUGGAAGUGCUUCAAAAACUAUAUAAGGUAAACAAGAAGACUGGCUGUAAACUUCAGCUGAGCAGCUUCUGUAUUGAUGAGAUCUCCCAGAAAAUUGACCUUUGUAUCGAUUUAAUCAGGUGGCAUGGAAGAAAGUCUCAUCCUUUGCCUUCCAUCUCUUUCUGCUGCUUUCCUUUUGUUUUCAAUCCCAUAACCAAGAUGGCGUUGUUUGACCUUAAGUCUGUUGCUGUGCAAGAGGGCAUAAAGCUACAAGCCCACCAUCGAUUACUCCACAACCAACUGCACAGAAUAGAUGAAUAUCCCAAAAUGCCUGUCUUUCUCUUGCGGGUACAGCGUCAUAAUCUUCUAGAAGAUACUUUCCAAAAACUGAGUCGGGUGGAAGAUACCUGCCUGAAAAUGCAAUUGUUGAUUCAAUUUGAAGGAGAGGUGGAUCGACAUGAAGCUGGAGGGAUUUUGGUCGAAUUCUUUUUGUACGUGUUUGAGGAGAUGAGCCAGCCAGACUACGGGAUGUUUAUGUAUUGUGAGAAGAAUUCUCCUAUGUGGUUUCCAACUAGGCAUAAAAUAAAGAAGAAAAAGUAUUACCUCUUCGGGGUCCUUUAUGGGAUGUGCCUUUUGAACAGGGUCAUGGUCUAUGUACCUUUCCCGCUUGCUCUCUUUAAAAAACUGAUGGGCAAGAAGCCCUCCCUCGAUGACCUGAAAGAACUGAGCCCGAUCUUAGGGAAGAGUUUGCAGGAAGUACUUGAUUAUGAAGAGGGUGAUAUGGAAGCAGAACUUCAGCUGUGUUACUACAUAUCCUGGGACAACAGAGAUGUAGAUUUGAUUCCAGAUGGCAGAUCAGUAGCUGUGAACAAUGCAAACAAGAAGGACUUUGUCAACAAGUACGUAGAUUAUAUCUUCAACAGAUCUGUAGAAGGCGUUUUUGAAGAGUUCAAGAGGGGUUUUUAUAAAGUCCUGGACAAGCGGGUUGUUGGCUUCUUCGAGCCUCAGGAGCUGAUGGACGUGGCAGUUGGGCUUGCAAAUUACAACUGGGACAUAUAUGAAAAGAAUGCUAAAUAUGAGGGGAUAUAUAGUCCAACGCAUCCUACCAUCAUGAUGUUCUGGCAGGUUUUCCAUGAACUAACUUUGGCUGACAAAAAAGGCUUUCUAUUGUUUGUUGCAGGAAGUGACCGGGUCCCUAUUACGGGAAUGGAGUCCAUGACACUAACUAUUCAGUCAUAUGAGGCACUUUCAGAAAAUCACAUCCCUGAGGCUCUGACAUGCUAUAGUCUUCUACUUCUGCCUCUUUUUUCCACAAUGGGAAGACUAAAGGAGAAACUUCUCCAGGCCAUCGAGUACAAUCGAGGCUUUGGCAAGCAGUGAAACAGCUGAUUCAAUAACAUAGAUCGGAGCU